AUGUUGAUGAAUGAAUUCGGUCGUAACUUCCCAGAAUAUGUGGAAACAGAAGCCAAAGUUGAUCAUAAACUGAUUCCUAACUCUUUUAACACGGAUGCUAGUGAAGUUACAGAAGAAAUCCGGAAAGAACUGAUUAAAUUUCAAAAUGAUCGAAACUGCAAGGACGCUUUUGAAUCUGAAACACUUGAGAAGUUGCUUGACUUGAGAAUUGCCUUUUUACACCAAGUAAAAAGGCAAUUUCAUACACCAAAAUGA